AUGAGGACCUCGCUUUCUAGCUUAUUGCCGGCCCUGCGUAUGCGGCUUCUCCCCACCCUAGAACUGCUUUUAAACUCAUAUGCAGCAGGAUCGACCCAAGCGCCUCUAGGCGACAGUGAAUCCCCUGCUGUCGCUGGCGAUGCAGAAUAUCAACCCUAUCUAUUUGCUCCAGGAGAGACAGAACCUCGGCCUAUCAGCGAUCGAGUUCAUAAUGUCUGGACUACCUUACGAGCCGUCGAACCCUCCGUCUCUCAUAUCGACAAGCCUAAAGGUUUACUCGGAUAUUCCUUACAUUAUGGCCGUGAAGCCUUCCGGAUACUGUUUAUGAAUGGGCCCGCCAAGGAUAAAGCCGAUCGAAAGCUCAGUCCUAUCGUCGCAAGAGCAGUGGACGAAUUAAUAGCAGCUGCAGAUGACGAUCAAGAUCCAGAUGCGAUCUUUCUUCUUGCGGAGAUGAACUUCCAUGGCAACUUCACCCACCCCCGCAACUUCAGCGAGGCCUUUUUGUGGUACAGUGAUCUGGCCUGGCUGGAUGGCAAUAGUACAGCCCAGUCCAUGGUCGGAUUCAUGUAUGCGACAGGAAUUGGUGGCGCAGUCGAGCGUGACCAAGCGAAAGCAUUGAUGUAUCAUGAAUUCGCCGCCGAGGGAGGAAAUACACGAUCGGAGAUGACAUUGGCAUAUCGAUACCAUACUGGAAUCGCAACACCCAAGGACUGCGAGCAUGCUGUUGUUUAUUAUAAGAGAGUGGCUGAUAAAGCGAUGGACUACUAUCGAUCUGGUCCCCCCUGGGAAUCCUAUCGCUGGGCAGACGAGGAGGGUGGUGUCUAUGGAGAAGGGGCUAGCGUUUCAAGCUCCGGACUCAAUGCCAAGGACCCUAACCUAGCUAACACUGAGUCCAGUGUGGAGGAUGUCUUGGAGUACUUGGAUCUCUUGUCUCGCAAGGGUCAGCUAUCGGCCACCUUGCAACUGGGCAAGCUGAACUAUGAUGGAGCUCAUGGAUUGCCGCGUAACUUCCCCAAAGCCAUGAAAUAUUUCAAGGCUAUUGCCGUGAAGUAUUGGAAGAAAGAUGGCUCUAUCAUCCCGGGCACACCUGCGGGGCUUGACAAGACAGCUGCUAAAGCGGCAGGGCAUAUUGGUAUGAUGUAUUUACGUGGAGAAGGAGUCAAGCAAGAUUUUGCUCAUGCUUAUGGUUGGUUCAAGCGGGGCAUAGUCAACGCAGACCCCCUCUGUCAAUACCAUAUGGGCUUGAUGUACCUUCACGGUCUUCACGUUGCUGAGGAUGCGUACAGAGCGUCAUCUUAUUUCAAAGGUGCUGCUGAACAGGAUUUGCCAGCCGCCGAGACAAGAUUGGGUGUUCUGUUUUUGGACCAGGGUGAUGUGGCUACGGCUACACGCUACUUUGAUCUUGCAGCCCGUCACGGCUGGAUGGAGGCGUACUAUUAUCUUGCAGAGAUGGCCAAUCUUGGGGUGGGCAGACAGCGACACUGCGGUGUAGCUGCAGCUUACUACAAGAUGGUUGCUGAGAAGGCAGAUGAGAUGCACUCAGCCAUCGCAGAGUCCAAUGCGGCCUACGAAGCAGGGGACAAGGAAGCUGCCCUUGUCCCAGCGAUGAUGGCUGCGGAACAAGGAUAUGAGCAUUCUCAGGCAAAUGUUGCCUAUUUGCUAGAUGAGCAUCGCUCUUUGUUCUCACUUCAUAAUCUCCUGCCAUGGGCUAGGAGAGCCCCUACCUCUUUACUGCGCAAUACCGCACUCGCGUUGAUUUACUGGACUCGCUCUGCUAAGCAGGCUAACAUUGACUCCUUGAUCAAGAUGGGUGACUACUACCUCGCUGGCACGGGCGCUGUGUUGGAUGCAGACAAGGCAUCUACUUGCUAUCACAACGCCGCGGAGGCGCAUCGCAGUGCACAGGCAUUCUGGAAUUUGGGAUGGAUGCAUGAGAAUGGUGUUGCUGUGGACCAAGACUUUCAUAUGGCCAAGCGAUACUACGAUCUAGCCCUAGAGACCAACAAAGAAGCAUACCUGCCUGUGAAGCUCAGUCUGCUGAAGCUGCGAGCCCGGGGCUACUGGAAUCGAAUCACCAAUGGGAACAUUAACCCUAUUCGGGAUGAUGAAGAUGUCAAGCUCCGCCGUACACUUGGAGAGUGGUUCGCCGCCUUCUUUGAAAAUGCUCAGGUCGAUUAUUACGCAGACCUUUAUCCAGAUGCUUUCCAUGGCGGUGCUGAGGAUGAUGGAUACCGUGGCUUGGAAUCCGAUCAUCCAGACGGGUAUUAUGAUGACUUAGAGUUUGACAUCGACGAAGGCAUGCUAGAAGGCCUGCUCAUCGUUGGAUUAGCAGCCACUCUCCUCGUACUGGUUUACAUUCGACAGCAACAGCAGCAGCGGAAUCGACAGAACCAGAAUGCUGCGAAUCAAGCUAAUGGUAAUGCCAAUGCUAACGCCAACGCCAACGUAAAUGCGAACGCUGGUAAUGACCGAGGAUUUUUCCCUCAGCCUGGAGAUCCUGAAUUUGCACAAUGGGUAGCUGGUGGCGUGGGCCAUUAA